GUAAACAGAUAUCAUUUUUUGUGUUUCCAAAAAUCUGCGUCAGUUUAACGCAUGCGCAGGCAGGCCCAGCGGGCAGGCAAGGACCAAUGUAGGUGAAGAUCAGCAGUCUAACAGAACAGCAGCACACUGCAAGAGGCAUAUACUCCUUCCUGCGCCUCGCCUCGACAUGGCCUUCGUCGUACUGUGUUUCGCCCUCAUGUUGGCGCCAUGGACUGCCGCCUCGCCUCUCCAAUCCCCGACUAUAACCGCCAACAAAACCCGAAUCAAAAGACACUACGGCAGUUAUGGCAACUAUUAUGAUAAUAAUUACAAUUAUUGGCCAUGGUGCAACCAUCAGUACUACAAUGCGCACCAUCCUUAUUACUACUCUUGCUGGGGCUCGUGGCCAUUUUAUCCAUCCAGUACCACCACGCCAUCCACCACAACCACCACAAAGCCACCCUUCAUAAUCAUCGUGCCCAUUAAUCCACCUAGACCCACCAGGCCGACUUCCCCACCCAUCACGACCACUCAACCAACAACAGUACCCACCAGGCCGCCCUUCAUACCCAUCAUGCCAUCGGUAAGGCCAAUCCGGCCCUUCCCCUACGGACGUCGAAUGGGAAGAAGCCUGAGGGAAAGAAGAGGGUGCAACAGAAUCUGCAUGGACGAGCACAAGAUGCAUUACUGCUGCGACACAACCACCACGCAGACCCCCACCACGCUAGCGUCCCGGGGCACGUGUCCACCUCAGACCUACCCCUGCACAACGCCCGCCGCCAACAACACUAAUCAGCGCGGCUGCAAGUCUGACUACCAGUGCCCGGACGAUAACAGGUGUUGCUACGACCACUGCCUUCAGGAGUACAAGUGUAGCCGCCUGCUGCCCCACGCUUCCACCACCACGCCCACGCCGCGCCUCUCUCACCAUCACAAGGAUGAAACAAGAGUAGAGCGUUCCUUGCAGGAGGAAGAACAGCCUGCAGCUGUGAAGGAAACCCUCGCAACCAACAAGACCCAGACCUCAGUGGACGCAUAAUUGAUGUCCUUCCUAGUCAUCACCACCGUCAAGCUGAUGUGUUACGUCCACUUACUGAGCAGCGGGGUAGUUUCAACAUCCACCUCACAGUACAGCUCUGCCAACGUUCUCGAAUCGCCACUACUUUUCUAUCACACGAGGUUCCAAAAGUGGGAAAGCUUUUUUACAUGUGAGAAGAAGUAAUCACAGCUUUUGAAAAGAAGGGAAAUAAAAAUAAGUAUGCAUUC